CAAAAAAAUAUGAUCAAUGGCUCAUUCGAGAGAAGACAUCCUUCCGAGUUAUGACAUCGGCCAGUAUUGAAAUCUGACAUCAGUGACAGGAAUGAUAGAUGUUUUCGCGAUCUAAAAGUACUAUUCCAAUGAACUUUCAGUGUAGCGAGAGAGACUUUAUCACAGUGCUACAUCAUACCGGACGAAUUUCUACCUGCUUGAACGCCAAUAAAUUAGACACACAUGAAAACAUGAAACUACCCAGGGAAUCAAUAGAGCAUCACUCGGAGAUGCACAAAAACAAUAUAACACUGAACAUGGGUGAACUUUUCCUUUAAGAUAGUGAGAGUGAAAUACCGCUAGUAAGCAGUUUUCUUGCUGGACAGUUCUGUCCAGCAACGAUUCCGUUUCCUCAAACCAUUUCCUAGUAGGACGGGUAUGUGCGUAAAGAGAGAGGAGAAACGUCACGUCACGGAAUAGCUUUCUACCCCCAAACUCUCGUUUGGUUUUUGCAGAUUUUAAUCGAAUAUAGAAUUUAUGUCUCUCGUUUUAAUUUCACCAGCGCGUGUUGUGUUUCAUAAAGAAUAUCGUCAUAUAAUGCAAUUGAAGAACGUUGCAUAGUAACAGCAUUCCUGGUUUUGGAAGAAAAAAAGAGGAUAAUUUCUAAGGUGUUGAGUUUUAGUCUGAAUUAUAUUUAUUUCCAACUGGAGGAAAAUAUCAAAUUGUAAUGGCAGAAAACAAUUUCCCUCCCCUGCCUGGCUUCAUCCCUCUGAAGCCGUGUUUCUAUCAGGACUUCAAUGAGAUCCCAGAUGUACACCGCUCCAUCUGCAAGAAGCUCUACUACCUAUGGAUCUUCAACAGUGCCACCUUGGCGGUCAAUCUGAUUGGCUGCCUGGCAUGGAUGUGCGGCGGGGGCGGAGCCACUAACUUUGGCAUGGCUAUUCUGUGGCUCAUCCUGUUCACCCCCUGCUCCUACGUGUGCUGGUUCAGACCCAUCUACAAGGCCUUCAAGACUGACAGCUCUUUCAACUUCAUGGCGUUCUUCUUCGUGUUCAUGGCCCAGGUGGUGAUCAGCAUCAUCCAGUGUAUAGGCAUUCCAGGCUGGGGCAUCUGUGGCUGGCUGGCUACCAUCACCUUCUUCAGCACCAAUAUAGGCUCCGCUGUAGUCAUGCUGAUCCCCACCAUCAUGUUCACUGCCAUGGCUAUCCUCUCCUUCACCGGGCUCACCAAGGUGCACAACAUGUACCGUGGGACUGGGGGCAGUAUGAGUAAAGCCCAGGAGGAGUGGACCACUGGGGCCUGGAAGAACCCUCACGUCCAGCAGGCAGCGCAGCAGGCCGCUGUGGGGGUGGCGCAGGGAGCCAUGCAGCAGCAGCAGCCCCAGUACUCACAGGCACCCACCUACAAUUAUGACGACCCGGGCAUGUAGGGCAGGGAGGAGGAGAGGGUGGGAGGUAAGGGGUGAGGAAUAGCCAGGGUGACAGUCUGUUUCUGAUCUCGCGUCAGUUGUUAUGAGAGCAGAAACCGAGCCUCCCAGGCUAGGUGAUGGACAGACAGGGGAGAUGAAAAGGGAUGAUCAUCAAAUGAGAACCACAAUUCACGAUUACAUUCAGAUAAUUCUUAGAUAACAAAAAUAUAUACAGUGGGGAGACAAAGUAUUUGAUACACUGCCGAUUUUGCAGGUUUUCUACUUACAAAGCAUGUAGAAGUCUAUAAUUUUUAUCAUAGGUACACUUUAACUGUGAGAGAAGACGGAAUCUAAAACAAAAAUCCAGAAAAUCACAUUGUAUGAUUUUUAAGAAAUUAAUUUGAUACAAAAUUAUAGACCUCUACAUUCUUUGUAAGUAGGAAAACCUGCAAAAUUGCCAGUGUAUCAAAUACUUGUUCUCCCCACUGUAUAUAUUAAAAUGUGUCAUACUGUUUUGAUUUUGCUUCAAAAGGUUUUUCCUAAAUGUAGGAAUAAUAAUUUUACAAAACUCUGAACACCUAUCUCCUAACAUGCACAUAGUUAUUACACAUAGUAAUAACAUAUUACACACACACGCGCGCACACACAAGAUUAAUUUCUCUGCUUCCAUGUGCCAGACAGACACUUGCACUGCCCUGUAAUGCUCAUUAGCUUUGAAUAGAAGAACCCAACACUGUCUUACUAGAGCCAUUGCAACGUUUCAAAAAAAAAUAUUAGUUUAAGUACAUUUGACUUGACACUUUAUCCAGAGCAACUUACAAUAGUGAGCAUACAUUUUUUUGUACUUUAUGUUUGUACUUGUCCCCCGUGGGAUUUGAACCCACAACCCUGACAUUGCAAGUGCCCUGCUCUACCAACUGAUCCACACAGGGACCUAGUGGGGUAGGCUUGUGAUGUUCUGUCAUGUUUUUGAAAAACAGUUUAUACUUGUUUUUGCAGUACUUUAUUAUUGUCAAGGAUGCAGUUUUGCCACAUGGACAUGACAAAAAUGCAGAAAGAUCGAAUUUAAUCCUAUUUAAAAAGGAUUAUCACAAUUUUGUCCAUGUUGAAUUUUGAUUUUGUAUCACUUAGAUUCUCAGGAAUAGACAUCUACUUUGUUUUAGACAUAAAAUGACUUUAUUGUAUUCAUCAGUUUUUUAAAAUGUAGAUCUUAGCUAGUUGCUAGAUGGCUACAUGUUAGUCUGUCUACAGUAGAAAUACCAGACGUUCUGUUGGCGUCGUCAACAUUAGCCAUAUUAGAGGUGUUCAAUUCCUCAACAUUUUCAGAUUUAUUUCAGGUUAUGGGGAGUGUGUUUUGAGCGAGCAUGUUAUUCUGUUGACUACAAGUGAAAUAAUUAAUAGAUGUUUAAUAAUAACAACCAAUUUAAGCACACAUGUACAGUGUUAAGGUCUUACGUAUAGGAUGGAACAUUCCAGAUAAGUCUAUGACUACUGUAAACCCAGUUUAUUUUACCUUUAUUUAACUAGGCAAGUCAGUUAAGAACACAUUCUUAUUUUCAAUGACAGCCUAGGAACAGUGGGUUAACUGCCUGUUCAGGGGAAGAAUGACAUAUUUGUACCUUGUCAGCUCGGGGGUUUGAAUUUGCAACCUUCCAUUUACUCAGUCCAACUCUCUAACCACUAGGCUACUCUGGAGUAGGUGAAAAAAAUUGUUCCGUCUGUGAAGGGGCAGAUAGUUCUGUCUAUAGGGGGCAGAUAGUUCUGUCUAUAGGGGGCAGAUAGUUCUGUCUAUAGGGGGCAGGUAGUUCUGUCUAUAGGGGGCAGAAGGGAAUGAUGGAAACAAUGGAACAUUUACAAAACGUAGUCUUAAUUCCCCAUUGAAGAUAUAGUAUUUGCUAUUUGUAGAUGGACAGAUGUUAGAUGUUAUGAAUGUUUAUUCCCAUUGGUCAAUCCUCUCACUAAUCCUAAAGUGAACCCUGUGAAGCAAAUGCUUUAAAUAAAAAAUAAUAAAAAAAGACUACAUUACCCAGGGGGCAAAUCUGGUUGUAAUGAUGUCAUCGUAACAUCAUUUCAAACAGUUUUUCCUGCUGGGUAAUGGUGGAGUUUAACCUUUACAAGUGAAAACAUAAAAUGUGGCUGUCAACGUUAGUACGUGAGUAUAGAUGUGAUUAUGGUAUAUAUAGAAAACAUUGAAUAUUGUUUAUACAAACAUCUCAUUUUAUGAACUGAAACGGGAAGAAAAUAACUGUAGCCUUUAUGAGUAUCGAUGUUUUCAUUUAGAGAUGGAACUACCGCAUAGCUACAUUUGACUGCAGUGGAAAAUGUUUUAGUCUCAAGAAAGUUAACUCUGAAAAUGUAAAAGAUGGAUAUUACAAAAAUGUGUAAUACAAUAUUAGACUUGAAACAAAUGUGAAGAUGUGUACAUGAAUGCCAGAUAUUUAAAAAAAACUAAAAAAACA